CAAAUCUACUUUAUAAUAAUAUUUUUUAUAAUUCUUUAGUUAUUAUGCAAUAUAUUUUAUUUCAUAAAUCUAAUAAUCAUGGUUUGUGGAUCAUUGGCGAAUCACGCGGCAAGGUAAACAAACGCUCAUUACAUAAAGUGAGUCCAACGUGAAACAUGUUGACGGUUAUAUUAGCGUCAAAUUCCUGAUCUUCGCCGCUCAUAUGUUUAUGUACGGUCCUUUGUGAAAUUACUAAAAUUUGCCGUUUGUAAUGAAACCCUAGCGAGUUCCAGGGUGAUAUUAGUUUUUCGAUUCGUGAAAGGCUGCAAUUAAUUUCGUCCUGCUGACCUGAAUGGAGCGAUCGAAACAGCAAAGUGUCGCCCCCCUCUUUUGCCCUCGCGAGGCAGGAAAUCACCUAAUAGAAACGCAAAUUGGACGAAACGUCCGGAAAUUCGAUUCGAUGUGUCCUCUUUUCUUUAUCUUUUCUUUUUUUAGACUUUUAAUCUGUAAUUCGAAAAUGCGAAAUAACGGAAGAACGAAUUCCGGGAAUAGAUUCGUUUCAUUUGGUAUUUCUCCGUUACAAUCUCAUCUCGUCUUACAUCGGGCGGGAUUUAAAAAGCGACGCGUGCCAUUCAGACGCUUACGCAAGCCGCAAAUUCAAUUAUCAAGACCGGUGUCAAUCAUGCCUUUUCUUAUCACAUAACUCGAUCGUCGUCUAGCAUUGUCAGUAUACGAGCGGUCCGUUCAUGCCGGAGCGUGUUGAUCCAUAGGAAGGAAAUUUCUUCUAUGACCGCACGAAUCCCGAAGGUAGGGGAUGACUUUCCGUAAUAACGUACUGGUGGCCGUAACACGCAUUCCUAUUCGUCUCUUUCCGACAAGCGCGGACAAGAAAGAUCGUUCAUCUUAUUACGUAACGAUACGCCAAAUUUCAUUCUUUAUGCUGGAUUUACAGAAAUCAUGUAUGUACAGUUACAUGUUGAACAUGAAGAAUAUAAUGAGAGAUGAAAGAUCUUUCAUUGUGAGAGAAGGAUUCAUGACUAAUUUAAGAUUUGUGCUUCUCCUCUAUCUCUUACGUUCUCUUUCGCGGCCAGUCGCCCUUCGUUUCCUAGUCAAGUUCAAGGUCGGAUGUUCAUUUAACUUGCUGCGCAGGAUCAGCGUGCCGACCUCGGACAUGCUCACGAGUGCGGAAGGCUACGAAAUCACGUGCGCCUUCAAGUUGAAGAAAACCGAUCCCUUUGAUGUGCGAGAAUUUAAUAUGACAAAAAUUCUACUUUAAUAAAUGUCGGUUAGAAGUCAUUCCACGACAAACGUUUUAUAUAUGUAUAUAAAAUGUAAACAAUAAAUGUAAAUAAUAAUUUCCUCAAAUAUUAAUAAGUGGUUACAUUUACAUACAUUAUGAAGGCAAUAAGAUAAUAGGAGAAGCUAAUUAAGAAGGCAAUGGAGAAGAAUGACAAUUAUACAGGAUCAGAAUACAGUAGUAGAAUAAUAGGAGUUUAGUUGUGAAUUGUAAAUAAAAAAGAUUAAGCAAUAAGAAUAUAAAAGAA